CGUAUGUGUUUUGUUGUUUUGGUAUCAGUUCGAAAACUGUAGUGGUCUGUGAGAGACGUGGUUGUGUUAUAAAUAGAUGUUACCGUGCAGCAGAUAGGUUUUAUGAUGCGGUGAAUUGGGUACAUAUCAUGUGCACAGUGUAUGAUAAGUCGUUUCGUUCGCCCUUGAGUGGCAUUAUCUACCGGUCUUGAAGGACCGAAUCUAUGUUAUGCAAUCAGGAGACGUGAGCAGUCGGCGUACAUCUUAAAUAUGUAUAACAAAGAUAAAAUAAAAUGGCUUUACGUGUCUUCAUUUUUGGACAUGUUUGCAGUUGGCCUAGCCGUUCCUCUGCUAUCUGCAUACAUGAGAAAUCUAGGAGCAUCGCACUUUAUGAUAGGAGUUAGCAGUUCGGUGUACUCUGGAAUACAACUGUUGUCAGGGCCAUUGGUUGGAAGUUGGAGUGACAUCUAUGGAAGAUAUCAAAUUCUCAUGUUCGUCCUAGCAGUUUGUUCAGUUUGCUACAGUUUCAUUGGAUUGACCACUGCUCUUUCUACGAUAUUGUUUUUAAGGUUUGUCCUAGGUACUUUCAAACACACCCAGACAUUAUGCAGACCUCUUGUGGCUGAGCUGGCACCACCUGAAUUCCACUCAGAAAUGUAUGGGAAAAUGAGUGCAAUGUCUGGAAUUGGAUUUAUGGUUGGACCUGCUAUUGGAGGACAUCUAGCUGAAUUAGAUGGAGGAAUGUUUCUUGCUUUUCAGUUGGCAGCAUUGUUGUUCUUACUUAAUACAGGCAUAGUAUACAAAUACCUGUGGACUGCAGAAAAAUCUAAUUCUGCACCGGUGUUGGAGACACAAAUUAAGCCUACAAAAACUGGAGUGUUAAAAAUAGUAGCAGAACUUACAGAAGUAGAUUGGUCUUUUUACUGGGAUUUAUUUAUUAUAAAAUUUCUUUUAUCUUUUGCACAAAAAGUAUUCUACUCCAAUUAUUCUAGCACUGUACAAGAAAAAUUUGAUCUUACUCCAAAAUGGGUAGGGUAUACCAUAUCAUUUCAAGGUAUGAUUGGUGCCAUUUGUGCAUUUUCAGUGAGUUGGAUUGAAGGGUUUCUUUUCAGAAACUGGAAAACCAAGUCUCUUGUACUGCUUGGUUUCUUGUUGCUGUCUUUUGCAUUUUUUGCUGUAAGUGUUGUAGAGCAGUUAAAUAUUUUUGUUUUCUUUCUUAUACCAUUAAGCUUUUCAUUUUCUUUGCUACGGAUUCUUAGUACCAAAAUGAUAAUAAACAGAACAGAUCCCAAUAAGAGGGGUUCUGUUACUGGAGCCAGUAACAGCAUUUCGUCAAUUGCUCGCUUAAUUGCUCCACUAUGUUCAGGUGCAGUGCUUGAAUACUUAGGACCUUCAUCUGUACCAUUAUUAUCUGUGGCGAGUUCUUUUUGUGGAGUAUUGCUGGCUGCAGCAUUUCCACUUAACGUUGUGCCUCAAAAGAAAUAUAGCUGACGCCGUUAUCAUUUACGGUGAAGCUUACCAGUUUCACACUCCAAUGUUGCUGUUCGUGUGUAAUGGUAUUACUGAUCAGUAAUUAAUUGUCAGAGUUUGUUAAACCUUGUAUUCCACAAAACGUGUGAUUGACAGGGUGUCAGAUGUGAAAUUAUUAAAAACACUGACUUCAUAUGUAGCUAGUGCAGAGAGAGAGUAAGUUAAAGAUUGUGUGUGCCAAAGUAUCUGUAUACUGACAUGCAUUUAAAAAUUUUAAUCCGGUUGCUGACAUUUUAUCAUUCUCACUGUGUGCAUGAGAGCUACAGAUGUCACUGAAGAAUAUUACUCUAGUUUUGUUUUAUUUUAAACAUUUUAUGUUUGUUACUGAUGGUAUUAAAGUUCUAUUUAUUAUUAUUGUGCAUAAAGUAAAUGGAUUGGAUAUAAUUUAGAAAUCAACUUUUAAAAUUUUGUAAUCAAUUUUAUUGUCUUUAUCAAAUUUCAAAACUAGAAGUACUUUGUUAACACAGGAUGAAUUGAAGCUUUAAUAUAUUGUUAAUUUUGCCAGUACCUUUCUCGAAAUGUGGGCUGUUGACAGUUGAUAAAAUUAGAUUUUAAAAAGACCUGCAUGUGAAAAACAUGGUAUUGUCACAUUGUUCCUAUCAGUAUUUAUUGUUUUUAAUGGCUUGGAAGUGACUGUGAUGUGCUAAAGUGAUUGUGGCUAUAUUAUUUGAUGGAGAUAUUUGCAUUGUUUUACCUUCUGAUCAAUGUAUGUGGCAUUUCUGUUUAUAACACCAUUGAUAAUUCUUUAAUAUAAGGUCCAGUAUAGAUUUUGGACUGCAUUUCCAGGGGACCAAAGUUUGGACUGAAUUUCCAGGAGACCAAAGAAAUAAUGCAUGUUGUUUAUGUAAACUCUGUAAUUUCAAAAAGAUAGUUCCUGUGACAAGUACUCCAUAUAUGUUCAAUAUUUUUUAUAAGUUAAUAUACUGUUAUU